UCAGCUCGACAGAUGCAGAUGCUCCAGCUGUCAAAAGGACUCUUUGUUAUUGCUCUUGGAUGUUUGGACUAACAUAAAAGUAGAAUCCUCAUAUUUCUGCAGUAAAUCAACAUUAUCUGUAACACUGCCUGAAGAAGUCUUUUUAAGUGACGUUGCUGAGCAGCAGAGUUUGGAUAAAGGAUAUUUACGUUUUUGCAAGGUUUUUUUUGUUACCCUCAUCUGCCCUGCAUCUAUCUGAGGCCGGUUUGUAUCUCAAACAAAGGCUGGUUCUUGCAGAAAGUGACAUGCAAACCGGAGUGAAUUCAUAGACGAGCUGCGGCUCCGACGCACGCACGCACCGUGUCCCGCAGGCUAAGCGCGGUGCUCCGGGAAGAAGACGAAAACAACAAACAUGAAAUCCAGGAGUCAGGACCAGAGUUUGUCUGACUCCAGAGAGCUGGACAGAUCAUACGACCCACUCACAGGUAAUCCACCAUCCAAACCUAACAAAAAGACCAUAAAGCAGCGCCUCCUCAAACUUCUGCCCUGCUGUCGCUCCGGCUCCAGCUCCUCCAUUACGCAAAGUAACAUAAGUGAUGAUGAUGAACUGUCAACAGUGCGUUACCGACCGGAGGGGCUCGACCGCCUCGUGCAGCAGACCAACUUCACCAAGAAAGAGCUGCAGGUCCUCUACCGGGGAUUCAAAAACGAGUGUCCCAGUGGUGUGGUGAAUGAGGAGACUUUUAAAAGCAUCUACUCCCAGUUCUUCCCUCAUGGAGAUUCAAGUAUGUAUGCACAUUUCCUGUUUGAAGCUUUUGACACCCAGAACAAUGGAUCGGUCAACUUUGAGGACUUUGUCAUAAGUCUGUCCAUCAUCUUGAGAGGAUCCAUCAACGAUAAACUCAACUGGGCCUUUAAUCUGUACGAUCUCAACAAAGAUGGCUGCAUCACCAGAGAGGAGAUGACAGACAUCAUGGGCUCCAUCUAUGACAUGAUGGGGAAGUACACUUACCCCUGCAUGAAGGACAAUGCUUCCAAAGAGCAUGUGGACAACUUCUUCCAGAAAAUGGACAAGAACAAAGAUGGAGUGGUCACCAUUGAAGAGUUCUUGGACACAUGCCAAAAGGAUGAAAGCAUCAUGCAGUCCAUGCACAUGUUCGACAAUGUGAUCUAAAUGUAGGAAUUCGUUUUUUCUCUUCUGCGUGGAGGUCAUCUACAGUUCUUCAGCCCCCAGAAGGAGUGAUCGGUGCUCCUGGAUCCUAAACAGAGCGGUGCCAUGUUUGAGGAUAUCUACCCAAAAAACACCUCUUUUCCUGAAAUGUGUUUAUCAAAAGUGUGUGUACAGGAAGGCAUCAAAGGUGUGGAUACUGGUGCUUUAACAUCAGUAGACUGGUAGCAGAACGAUAUGAACAAGCGUAUUUAAUGCAGAAGAAAAGCAGCUAUAACAAUAACAAUGGAUGAACAGAUGUAAACAAGCAGAGGGCCUCUUUACUUAUUAACUUAUACUUCCUCUCUUGCAUGAAUGAAUGUGUGAACACAAGAGCAAAUUGAACAAUGCUCAAAAUGUUGUAGAAAAUGUAAAGUAUCACUCACUUUUUGUACUUACAGUUUUAUGGACGGCUCUGAUGAAGGGAUGACAUUUAAAAACAAGCAAUAAUCUAGUAGUAACAUGUUAUUACAUCUGUCCUCACUGUUCCUGAGAUAUGACUGUUCUCACCAAUCACAUCUAUUGUAAUACCGUAUACUGUGUGUGCAUGAUGUGUCUGACUGUUGAAAUGUUGAUAUAUUUUGGUAAGAAUGAUAAGGUUGAAUAAAACGACACAGUUGCUAUGCAAAA